ACCUCCCUGUCCACUGCCAGCCACCACCAUGCUGACCGCCGAGGACAAGAAACUGAUCCAGCAGGUCUGGGACAAGCUGCAAGGCUGCCAGGAGGAAGUAGGAGCCGAGACCCUGCAGAGGAUGUUCACCACCUACCCACAGACCAAGACCUACUUCCCCCACUUCGACCUGUCACCAGGCUCUGACCAGGUCCGUGGCCACGGCAAGAAGGUGGUGAGUGCCUUGGGCACUGCCGUGAAGAGCCUGGACAACCUCAGCCAGGCACUGUCUGAGCUCAGCAACCUGCACGCCUACAACCUGCGUGUCGACCCCGUCAACUUCAAGCUGCUGGCACAGUGCUUGCAGGUGGUGCUGGCCACACACAUGACCAAGGAUUACACCCCUGAGAUACAUGCUGCCUUCGACAAGUUCCUGUCGGCUGUGGCUGCUGUGCUGGCUGAGAAGUACAGAUGAGCUGCUGCUUGUGCCCGUGUGCCAUCAAUAAAGACACCUUUGACAAU